AUGUACACAACACAGGGACUGAAUAUAUUCGUUCUUGGUUUCUCUCUUCACAGCAUGGAAAAAAUCAGUGAGACAACCAAUCUAAAGAAUCCCAUAUUGGUGGUUAAAAUUAGGAAAAUAAUUAUCUGCCAUGAAAAAGAGAUUUUGAUAUCAGGAUUCUUUGCAUUGCUUAAGGUGCUGACUGUGUCUUCUGGUCCUGUACUUCUAAAUGCCUUUAUACUGGUAGCUGAGGGUAAUGAAAGUUUUAAGUAUGAAGGCUAUGUAUUGGUCAUAUCACUUUUCAUUAUAAAGGUCAUAGAGUCCCUAUCACAAAGGCAGUGGUACUUCCGCAGUAGACUUAUUGGGAUGAAAGUUAGGUCAUUGCUUACUGCAGCCAUUUAUAAAAAACUGUUGAGGUUGUCCAAUGUUGCGAGAUUGACACACUCUGGUGGUGAGAUAAUGAAUUAUGUGACUGUGGAUGCUUAUAGAAUUGGAGAGUUUCCAUUUUGGUUUCACCAAACAUGGACUGCAAGUGUCCAACUAUGUAUUGCAUUAGUAAUACUUUUUCGUGCCAUUGGGAUGGCAACUAUUGCCUCAUUGGUGGUGAUAGUUCUCACUGUGUUGUGCAAUACUCCAAUAGCUAAGUUACAACACAAGUUUCAGACAGAACUUAUGGUGUCACAAGAUGAGAGAUUGAAGGCUAUUUCUGAAGCUCUUUNGAAUAUGAAAGUUCUAAAGNUAUAUGCAUGGGAAAAUCAUUUUAAAAAUGCUAUAGAGAAGUUAAGAAAAGAGGAACUCAAAUUGUUAGCUGCAGUGCAACUACGAAAGGCAUACAACGUAAUUAUCUUUUGGUCUUCGCCUGUUUUGGUUUCUGCUGCUUCUUUUGGGGUGUGUUACUUCCUUAAAGUUCCAUUGCAUGCAAAUAAUGUUUUCACAUUUGUAGCAGCUCUACGGAUUGUGCAAGAGCCAAUUACAACCAUCCCAGAUGUUAUCGGGGUGGUUAUUCAAGCUAAGGUUGCAUUUACUCGAAUUAUUAAGUUCCUUGAGGCACCUGAACUACGAAGUAACAGUUUUAGNAAAAAGAGCUUUGUUANCAAUAUUAAUGACUCAAUUAUAAUCAAACAUGCCGAUUUUUCGUGGGAAGAUAAUGUAUUAAAGCCAACAUUGAGGAACAUAAAUCUGGAGAUUAAACAUGGGCAAAAGGUGGCUAUUUGUGGAGAAGUUGGCUCUGGAAAAUCAACCCUCUUAUCACUGAUUCUUGGAGAGGUUCCUAUCGCAAAAGGAACUAUAGACAUUUAUGGGAAGUUUGCUUAUGUUUCUCAAACAGCAUGGAUACAAACAGGUACUGUAAGGGAAAAUAUUUUGUUUGGAUCGGAAUUAGAUGCUGAAAGAUAUCAAGAAACACUUCAUAGAUCUUCACUAGUGAAGGACCUGGAGUUGUUUCCCAAUGGUGACCUAACAGAAAUAGGUGAGAGAGGAGUUACCUUAAGUGGAGGUCAGAAGCAGCGAAUUCAACUUGCACGUGCUUUUUAUCAGAAUGCUGAUAUAUCUUUGGAUGAUCCAUUCAGUGCUGUUGAUGCCCAUACUGCGACAAAUUUGCUUAAUGACUACAUCAUGGAAGGACUUAAAGAGAAAACAGUAUUAGUAGUAACCCAUCAAGUUGACUUCCUACCAGCAUUUGAUUAUGUUUUGUUAAUUUUAAAGGGGGAAAUCCUUGAAGUUGCUCCUUAUCAUCAUCUAUUGAGCUCAAGUAAAGAAUUUCAGAACCUCGUCAAUGCUCACAAGAAGACGGCUGGUUCUAACGAGCUUGUGAAUGUUACUUUUUCCAAGAGACAUCCAACUUCUGUUAGAGAGAUUAGACAAGCUUUCAUGAAAAACCAAUUCAACAUAGCACAGAGUAAAUUAAUAAAGCAGGAAGAGAGAGAGAUAGGAGACACUGGGUUGAAGCCUUACUUACAAUAUCUGAAUCAAAUGAAGUGCUAUAUACUCUUCUCUGUUGCUGCUCUUUGUCACCUUGCAUUUUCAAUUUUCCAAAUAUUGCAAAACUUAUGGAUGGCUACAAAUGUUGAUAAUCAUCAUGUCAGCACGUUGCGGUUGAUUGUAGUUUACUUCUUGAUUGGAGUUAUUUCGAUACUUUUCAUGUUCAUUAGAAGUUUUAGUCUUGUUUUUUUGGGGUUUCUUUCAUCAAAGUAUCUUUUUCUACAAUUAAUGAACUCACUAUUUCGUGCACCAAUGUCUUUUUAUGACUCUACACCAUUAGGAAGAAUACUUAGUAGGGUUUCAUCAGAUCUUAGCAUUGUGGACCUUGAUAUUCCAUUUAGCCUCACCUUUACUGUGGGAGCAACAAUAAACGCUUAUUCAACUCUGAUAGUUUUAGCAGUUGUCACUUGGCCAGUCUUGGUUAUCUCAAUACCAUUACUUUAUAUUGCAAUUCGCUUGCAGAGAUAUUACUUUGCCUCUGCUAAAGAAGUAAUGCGGAUGAAUGGCACAACAAAAUCCUUUGUGGCUAAUCAUAUUGCUGAAACUGUUGCUGGAGUUGUAACAAUAAGGGCUUUUGAGGAGGAAUAUCGUUAUUUUGUAAAGAAUCUUGAUUUGAUUGACAUCAAUGCUAGUUCUUUCUUCCAUAGUUUUGCCUCAAAUGAGUGGUUGAUCCUACGUUUAGAAACUGUAGCUGCAGUUGUACUUUCCUUCUCAGCACUUUGCAUGGUCUUGUUUCCACCUGGGACUUUUACAUCUGGAUUUAUUGGCAUGGNUCUCUCUUAUGGCCUUACACUAAGCUUUUCCUUAGUAUUUUCAAUUCAAAGUCAAUGCAGCCUUGCAAAUUACAUAGUAUCUGUAGAGAGGUUAAAUCAGUAUAUGCAUAUACAAAGUGAGGCUGCAGAAGUAAUAGAAACAAAACGCCCUCCUUUUAAUUGGCCAGAUAAAGGUGAAAUAGAAAUAAAUGACUUGCAGGUACGAUACAGGCCUGAUGGACCCCUUAUACUUCAUGGAAUCACAUGCACAUUCAAAGCAGGACACAAGGUUGGAAUUGUUGGCAGAACAGGCAGUGGAAAGUCCACUCUUAUUGGUUCUUUAUUUCGUCUUGUGGAGCCAGCAGGUGGAAAAAUUGUUGUGGAUGGCAUAGACAUAUCUUCUAUUGGCCUUCAUGAUUUGAGGUCACGUUUUGGUGUUAUACCUCAGGAUCCUACCCUUUUUAAUGGAACUGUUAGAUUCAAUUUGGACCCUUUGUCUCAACACUCUGAUAAAGAGAUAUGGGAGGUUCUUGGGAAGUGUCAGUUGCGAGAAGUUGUCCAAGAGAAAGAAGAGGGCUUAAACUCCUCAGUUGUUGAAGAUGGAUCAAACUGGAGCAUGGGACAGAGGCAGCUGUUUUGUUUGGGGCGUGCUAUUUUGAGAAGUAGUAAGAUAUUGGUGCUAGAUGAAGCCACAGCAUCAAUUGAUAAUGCAACUGAUUUGAUUCUGCAGAAAACCAUUAGGACUGAAUUUGCUGAUUGUACAGUAAUAACAGUAGCACACAGAAUACCAACUGUGAUGGAUUGCACUGUGGUUCUUUCAAUCAGUGAUGGAAAAUUGGUGGAAUAUGAUGAACCAAAUACCUUGAUGAAGAGAGAAGGGUCAUUGUUCAGAGAACUUGUCCGAAAAUAUUGGUCUCAUUUUCACUCUUCAGAAUCCCAUUGAUGCUAUGGUUAUAUGCUAGAAAAAAUGUAAACGAAGUUUGCUAUGAAGAUGUAAGGUUAAUGGAACUUUUGUUACUCCUUGCAUCACAAUUGUUCAAAUUUAGUUCCAACCCUUUGUCAAAGUUAGCCUAUCAUCUUGAGAAGUUUUACAUUUUCACUUGUAUUGUAUGCUACUUUGUACGUAUAUGAAAUUAGUAUUUCUCUA